AUGGCAAGUCCGUGUUUACAGAAGCUACCAGCGGUAGAACAUCUCUUUGCUCUCACGAGUUUCAAGCUUCCGGAGAUACCAUGCUCUCUAUCUUUCCAAAGGCAUCCGGACUAUAUGUCAAUCACCAAGGAAGCAAACGAGUGGGCAUUCAAAUGCAUGAGGAGGGAUUUCAGUCCGGAGGAGAAGAAAUGCCUGGUCCAGUGGAAAGUUCCAAUGUUUACGUGCCUCUCCACGCCUCACGCUCCGAAAGCGAACAUGUUGGCAUCGGCCAAGUUUGCCUGGCUCACUGCCUUCCUGGACGAUCCGUUUGAUGACAACGAGGUUGCUGGGGGAGCUCUCGCGACAUCGUAUCUCGACACUCUUCUUAGCCUCUGCUAUGGAACCGCAUCGCUCGCGGAAGUUCCGGACAUUCUUGCCUAUCGAGCGUGCCACGAUCUGAUGGAAGAUUUGAGGUCUCUGUUUAAGCCGGAGCUGUUCAGGCGCACGGUUUCCACUGUUGAGGGCUGGGCGAGAAGCAUUUUGAGUGACGACUUGACGCACGAGUACGAGCUCUACCGGAGGACUAACGUCUUCAUUUUGCCACUCAUCUACGCAAUGGGUGCUUCGUUUGACGAUGAGGAUGUCGAGUCCCUGGAUUACAUCAGGGCUCAGAACGCUAUGCUCGAUCAUAUGUGGAUGGUGAAUGACGUCUUCUCGUUUCCCAAGGAGUUUUACAAGAAGAAGUUUAACAAUCUUCCGGCCGUGCUGCUGCUCACCGAUCCGAGCGUGCAGACGUUUCAGGACGCCGUGAACACUACGUGCAGGAUGAUCCAGGACAAGGAAGACGAAUUCAUCUAUUACCGCGAUAUCCUUGCCAGCGUCCCGGAAUGGGAAGAAAGCUUUCCUGAAGUUCCUGGAUGUUCUCUCCUGCACAAUCCCAGCGAAUCUGGGGCUGCCUCUUAUCGGUCACUUGCAUCUCUUGGGAAGAAUGCUACACCUUUCAUUCCAGACACUCUCCACAAAGUAUGGACCAAUUGUGUUUUUACGCCUGGGAAUGGUACCAGCUGUGGUGAUCUCCAGUUCGGAGCUAGUGAGAGAGAGCUUUUUACCAUCAAGCGCAUUGAGUCGUUUCAAGGUGCAAAUGAGAGAAACGCGUGGCGUCUUGUCUGA